CCUGGCGGCGGGAGGCCGCGGUGCAAGGAUACAAGGAUGGAAUUAAAGGGAAAGAGAAUACAGGAAAAGUUAAGAAAAACAUCAGAAUUAACGGAGGUAGACAAAACAGCUGGAGAAACUCAGCGGGUGCAGCAGCAUCUAUGGAGCGAAGGAGAUAGGGUUUAGGAGCCGUUGCUGUGGACGGAGAGACAGGGACGUGAGCGGCCUAUUGAGGGCGGCCAGGGUGCCCUGCUCGGUGUGCGGGCUGAGCUUCGAGGGGCUGAGCUUCGAUGGAGGACCACAUGACGGGGCACAACAAGGAGAAGCGUUGUGAGUGCGACGUGUGUGGCAAGGCCUGGCAGAGCCCGUGCCAGCUGGAGACCCACCGGCGGGUGCACACGGGCAACAACCUGAAGGUGCACAGACGCCUGCACACUGGGGAGCGGCCCUACACCUGCAGCGACUGCGGCAAGGGCUUCAACCGCUCCCACGACCUGCUAAGGCACCAGUGCACCCACAUCGGCGAGCGCCUCUACACCUGCGCCCAGUGUGGCAAGCGCUUCACCCACUCCACCAACCUGCUGAGGCACCAGCGCACCCACACCGACGAGCGCCCCUUCACCUGCGCCCAGUGCGGCAAGGGCUUCACCCGCUCCAACAACCUGCUGGAGCACCAGCAGGUGCACACCGGCGAGAGGUCCUUUGGUUGCUCCGACUGCGGCAAGAGCUUCAAGUCGUCAACAUACCUGAAGGUGCACAGGCGGUUGCACACCAGGGAGCGGCCCUUCACCUGCAGCGACUGCAGCAAAGGCUUCAAGUCGUCCAAGGACCUGAAGGUGCACAGGCGCCUGCACACCGGGGAGCGGCCCUACACCUGCAGCGACUGUGGCAAGAGCUUCACCCGCUCCAGCGACCUGCUGGUGCACCAGCGCACCCACACCGGCGAGCGCCCCUACACCUGCGCCCAGUGCGGCAAGGGCUUCACCCAUUCCAGCCACCUGCUGAGGCACCAGCGCACCCACACCGGCGAGUGCCCCUACAUCUGUGCCCAGUGCGGCAAGGGCUUCAUCAGCUCCACCAGGCUGCUGUCCCACCAGCAGGUGCACGCCGGCGACUGUCCUGACCCCAGCCUGGUGUGUGGAGAGCGCUUUGCCAUGGCCUCCCAAGCCCUGUCUCACCAGCACGUGCACACCAGUGGCCAGCCCUACGACUGCCCGUACUGCGGUGAGACGUUCGACAGCUCGAGAGGGUUGCGGCAGCACCGGCGGGCUCACGCCGGUGAGCGGCUGCUCGCGCUGCGUCAAUCGUUUCAAGAGCACACGGAGGCUGCGGGAGAACCAGCGGAUACACACUGGCGAGAGACCCUUGGUGUGUGCUGAGUGUGGCAAGGCUGUGGCAGCACCAGCGUACCCACAGCGGCAGUACAAAAUGUCACGUUUUGGUGCCGACAAAGUUGGAAAAGUACCGAAGUUGGCAACCCCCCACCGCACCUCAUCCCCGUCGUUCUUGGCGCCUCAUCUCCACAUUAUUCUUGGCAUCCAUCUCGUUCUCGACGUCCACCUUGCUCACGGAUCCAUCCUCGCUCUCGGUGGCGCGGUUACCGUAGAUGCUAAUGGCCGGGGGCUGACUCUGAGAUUGCGGUGAGUUAGCGGACUCUGCCGUCAGACUACCGGGGAGCUGCUUGCCGGGCCACUCCUGGCGAUGUGAGGGAAGUACCGGGUAGAAGAGAAGAGAGAGGGGACCACGACAGCCGGGGUUGAGGGGGCUACAGAAGCCGACAUUGACCGAGACGGACGACUGGGGUGAGAGAAGGACAGUGGACUGAUGGGAGAGAGGACACGAGGAGUGGGGAGUGAGGGUUGAGUUCUUCAUUAGGAUGGAGAAUUACAUAGUUAAUUCAGAAACAAGGGUUUUGAAAUUAAAGAAUGGUAACUUUGAGGGUAUGAGACGGGAAUUGGCCAAGUUAGACUGGCAAUUGAUUCUUAAAGGAUUGACGGUGGAUAUGCAAUGGAAGGCAUUUAAAAGAAUAAAUCAGGAAAGGUAGUGCAUCCAUGGAUAUUAACGCAAUAGAAAGGAAGGACAUUAGCUUGGAGGAUGUGGUAUCGAUAUGGGUAGAGCUGCGAAACACUAAGGGGCAGAAAACGCUGGUGGGUGUUGUGUACAGGCCACCUAACAGUAGUAGUGGAGUUGGGGAUGGUAUCAAACAGGAAAUUAGAAAUGCGUGCGACAAAGGCAAAACAGUUAUAAUGGGUGACUUCAAUCUACAUAUAGAUUGGGUGAAUCAAAUUGGCAGGGGUGCUGAGGAAGAGGAUUUCUUGGAAGGUAUGCGGGAUAGUUAUCUAAAUCAACAUGUAGAGGAACCAACGAGAGAGCAGGCCAUUUUAGACUGGGUAUUGAGUAAUGAGAAAGGGUUAGUUAGCAGUCUUGUUGUGCGUGGCCCCUUGGGCAAGAGUGACCAUAAUAUGGUUGAGUUCUUCAUUAGGAUGGAGAGUGACUUUGUUAAUUCAGAAACAAUGGUUCUGAACUUAAAGAAAGGUAACUUUGAGGGUGAGUUGAUCAUGGGGAACAAGGAUAUGGUGGACCAAUUGAAUAACUACUUUGGUUCUGUCUUCACUAAGGAAGACAUAAAUAAUCUGCCGGAAAUAGCAGGGGACCGCGGGUCAAAGGAGUUGGAGGAAUUGAGUAAAAUCCAGGUUAGUCGGGAAGUGGUGUUGGGUAAAUUGAAUGGAUUAAAGGCCGUUAAAUCCCCAGGGCCAGAUAGGCUGCAUCCCAGGGUACUUAAGGAAGUAGCUCCAGAAAUAGUGGAUGCAUUAGUAAUAAUCUUUCAAAACUCUUUAGAUUCUGGAGUAGUUCCUGAGGAUUGGCGGGUAGCAAACGUAACCCCACUUUUUAAGAAGGGAGGGAGAGAGAAAACGGGGAAUUACAGACCAGUUAGUCUAACAUCGGUAGUGGGGAAACUGCUAGAGUCAGUUAUUAAAGAUGGGAUAGCAGCACAUUUGGAAAGUGGUGAAAUCAUUGGACAAAGUCAGCGUGGAUUUAUGAAAGGUAAAUCAUGUCUGACGAAUCUUAUAGAAUUUUUCGAGGAUGUAACUUGUAGCGUGGAUAGGGGAGAACCAGUGGAUGUGGUGUAUCUGGACUUCCAGAAGGCUUUCGACAAGGUCCCACAUAAGAGAUUAGUAUACAAACUAAAAGCACAUGGCAUUGGGGGUUUAGUAUUGAUGUGGAUAGAGAACUGGCUGGCAAACAGGAAGCAAAGAGUAGGAGUAAAACGGGUCCUUUUCACAAUGGCAGGCAGUGACUAGUGGGGUACCGCAAUGCUCAGUGCUGGGACCCCAGCUAUUUACAAUAUAUAUUAAUGAUCUGGAUGAGGGAAUUGAAGGCAAUAUCUCCAAGUUUGCGGAUGACAGUAAGCUGGGGUGCAGUGUUAGCUGUGAGGAGGAUGUUAGGAGACUGCAAGGUGACUUGGAUAGGCUGGGUGAGUGGGCAAAUGUUUGGCAGAUGCAGUAUAAUGUGGAUAAAUGUGAGGUUAUCCAUUUUGGUGGCAAAAACAGGAAAGCAGACUAUUAUCUAAAUGGUGGCCGAUUGGGAAAGGGGGAGAUGCAGCGAGACCUGGGUGUCAUGGUACACCUGUCAUUGAAAGUAGGCAUGCAGGUGCAGCAGGCAGUGAAGAAAGCAAAUGGUAUGUUAGCUUUCAUAGCAAAAGGAUUUGAGUAUAGGAGCAGGGAGGUUCUACUGCAGGUGUACAGGGUCUUGGUGAGACCACACCUGGAGUAUUGCAUACAGUUUUGGUCUCCAAAUCUGAGGAAGGACAUUCUUGCCAUAGAGGGAGUGCAGAGAAUGUUCACCAGACUGAUUCCUGGGAUGUCAGGACUGUCUUAUGAAGAAAGACUGGAUAGACUUGGUUUAUACUCUCUAGAAUACGCAAUACUCCAGGUCUUGCUACAUCUCCCCUUUUCCUAGUCGGCCACCAUUUAGAUAAAAGUCUGCUUUCCUGUUUUUGCCACCAAAAUGGAUAACCUCACAUUUAUCCACAUUAUACUGCAUCUGCAAGGGACCUACAUUUGUUUUAACUAAUCUCUUUCUUUUCACAUAUCUAUAAAAACCUUUGCAGUCAGUUUUUAUGUUCCCUGCCAGUUUUCUUUCAUAAUCUAUUUUUCCUUUCCUAAUUAAGCCCUUUGUCCUCCUCUGCUGGUCUCUGAAUUUCUCCCAGUCCUCCGGUAUGCUGCUUUUUCUGGCUAAUUUGUACGCAUCAUCCUUCGCUUUGAUACUAUCCCUGAUUUCCCUUGUUAUCCACGGAUGCACUACCUUCCCUGAUUUAUUCUUUUGCCAAACUGGGAUGAACAAAUUUUGUAGUUCAUACAUGCAGUCUUUAAAUGCCUUCCAUUGCCGUCAAUCUUGGCCAAUUCACGUCAAGAAGGAGAUAGCUGAGAUCCAGGGUGUGGGGGAAAAUCAUAACCAAAGUAUAUGGAGUUGGUUUAAUGGAUGGGGCUCCUUUUGGGGUCUGGUGUGGCAUUAUGGGACUAUUAUUGUGAUAAUUAUAAUUGUUGCUGCAUUGCUUCACUGCCUGCCACCAUGUAUUCACCAAUGUCUGGCUUCUUGCUGCAUUAUUUGAUAGAUUGAUUGAUACAAUCAAAAGGGGGGAAUGUAAGAGCUAGUGCGGACCCCGCCAUCUUAUUUAGCUAUUUUAUUCAUGUUAGCUGCAACCUCCAUUUUGUGAAUAGAUUGCUGGUUAAAUUUAAAGAUUGAUUACAGAAGUCUGCAGAAGCUUGUGAACAUGACCUUCACUAACUAAAAGGAACAGAGAUAACGGCCGUUCCCUAGCAUCUCGUUUCUUUGCCAUAUCAGUGUUCAGUCUGGAGGUUGCAAUGAAUACAAUAGUGCUUUCUUGCCUAUGCAGCUGGACCAUGUAUCUCUAUACUCCCAUAUCUUUUUAAAGUUAGUUUGAAGGAUUUCAUUGUAUGUAACUGAGCCCUUUGUUCACUUAUGCCUACUAACCAUGUGUCUAAUGUUGUUUUAUCAGUAUAAAGAUACUUGUAUUUUCUCUGUCUAGUCUGUAGAGUUGUAGCAUCUUGCGAGUGUGUAUCUAAGUGCACACUCCUGGCUGUCCUAUUUCACCUGGGUGACAUAAUAAAUGUUUGUUCAACG